ACAUCUUUCGGUGCCAUCCAUUUCCUUGACUUCGUUGACUUCAAUACUCUGAUCCUGCAAUAAUCUUUUGCGUCACCCGCCAUUAUUGCCGGCGGCUUGCCCCAAGAUCUAAGAUCAUAUCACACCCUUUACACGUCACUCUCGCCAUCUUAGCUAGCUCUCAUCUUCAUACACUCCAUUCAGAAAAUUCAAAAAGUGCCUGCAAGGCUGCAAUGGCGGAUCAUAGUGCCCAGAUUCAUUUUGUUCUUGUCCCUUUGAUGUCUCCAGGGCAUCUUAUUCCCAUGGUGGACAUAGCCAAAUUACUAGCACACCACAACGUCGUCGUUUCCAUAGUCUCCACGCCCCUCAACACUCCCAGAAUCAAAUCCGCCGUAGAUUUCGCCGUUAAAUCCGGCCUAAAGAUCAGGCUUUUGGAGCUCGAGUUCCCGGCCGUCCAGGCCGGCCUGCCGGCCGGAUGCGAAAACAUGGACUCCCUGCCGUCGCGGGACGCGAUCAAGAAUUACUUCGAAGCCGCCGCCAUGUUACAGGAACCAUUCGAGAAACUGUUCCAGGAUCUGAAACCUCGUCCCAGAUGCAUAAUUUCCGGGAAAAACCUAGCCUGGACGGUCGAAACCGCCCGCAAGUUUAAGGUUCCGAGGUUGUUCUUCGACGGAAUGGGGUGUUUUUCUUUUGCAUGCACACAGAGUCUCCACAAUUCAAGAAUCCACGAAACUGUUUCCAGGUUUGAACCAUUUACAGUGCCCAAUUUGCAUCACGAAAUCAAGUUGACCAGAGCGCAACUCCCGGAAGCCCUAAAUCCAGGCUCAGAAGACUUAAUUGAUGUUAGAAACAAGAUAGUCGCAGCCGAAUCUAUCUCAGAUGGAAUCAUAGUAAACACAUUCGAGGAGCUGGAACAGGAUUACAUCCAAGAAUUCAAGCAAACCAAGGGAACAAGAGUCUGGUGCAUUGGCCCAGUUUCAGCGUGCAACAAAUCAGAAACGGAGAAAAUAACAAGAGGAAAUCCCAAUCCCCCAACAAAAAACAAACACCCAUGCCUGGAAUGGCUUGAUAGCCAAGAACCAAAAUCAGUAGUUUACGCCUGUCUUGGAAGCAUAUGUGGGCUAUCUGCUACACAGCUUAUAGAAGUUGGGUUAGGCUUAGAAUCAUCAAAUUCCCCCUUCCUAUGGGUCAUAAGAGGAGGCGAAAAAUCAAAACAGUUAGAAAAAUGGAUCCAAGAAGAGAAAUUUGAAGAGAGGACUAAUGGGAGAGGCUUCAUAAUCCGCGGCUGGUCCCCGCAACUCCUUAUCCUGUCCCACCCUUCCACUGGGGCGUUCCUGACACACUGCGGAUGGAACUCGACUCUGGAAGGCAUCUGUGCCGGGAAACCAAUAAUCACGUGCCCGUUGUUCGCAGAACAGUUCAUCAAUGAGAGGCUGAUUGUGGAUGUUUUAGGGAGCGGUGUUAGUGUGGGAGUGAAAGCCGCUGUUGCCUGGGGGAUUGAAGAGAAAUCUGGGCUGGUAAUACUGAGGGAGGAUGUGAAGAAUGCUGUAGAAAAGGCAAUGGAGAACAGCCAAGAAGCAGAGAAAAGAAGGGAAAAGGCUGUAGAGAUUGCAGAGAUGGCAAAGAAAGCCACUGCAGAAGAGGGUUCAUCUUAUCUUAGUGUAAAAGCUUUAAUCCGAGAUGUAAUUCAAGAAACUAGCUUUUAGCAACCUAGUAUACAAUUAUACUAGCAAUUCCAUUUUUUUCAUUCUCUCCCAGGAUUAUUCAUAGUUUCAUGUUUCAUGUACACGCUACUUUACUAUGUAUAAUUUGUGUGAAAACGGGGCAUGUUUUUCGAUCU